AUGUCCUCCGACAAGCACAACGACGUCCCUGCUCCCGCCUACCACGAGACCGAGAUGCCCCAGGCAAUGCCCAAUGCCCCCAUCAUCAUCGAGCCGGACCACGCAUACGUCCAGCCGAACGAAACAGGCCAAUCAUACAUCCAGCCAGACCACGCACACCCCCAGCCGACACAAGCCCCCAUCCAGCAACAACAACUCCCAGUCCAACAACCCGUUAACUCCCAAUACCCAACAGCCACACCCCUCCACGCGCUUCAAAGCUCGCCCGCCCCCGUUGACUGCCCGGCAUGCGGCCAGCGCGAGAUGACACAGGUUAUUAUGGAGUCAGGAAACACGACACACGCUUGGGCGGCCAUUCUAUGCUUCUGCUGUUGUCUGGGAUGUCUGCCGUACUUGGCGUCGUCGCUUAAGGACGCGAACCAUCAUUGUGCCAAGUGCGGGGUGUUGUUGGCGACGUGGCAUAACAGCGGGAAGGUUGAGGUUGUGCAUGGUAGGCAACGUCAGGCGCCGGCGAGGAAGGAGAAGAAGUGA